CCAGGCCCACCCCCUGCAAGGCAGGAGGCUGCUGGCAGUGGGGUGUUUCUAGCAGCAGGUGUCAGGGGGCAGGGCACCAGCUCCUGCUGGCGCUUGGCCUCCCAGCUUAGGAGGCCUCCCAGUGCCAGGCGCCUUCCCUCAACCUUGGCCGGGUGAUCAUCAGGCCACUGCCACCAGUAUGGAUCUGCCUCCCACCCUCCCCUCUUUCCUAGCUCGGCGGGGCUUUCAGCCUGAGCUGCUGGCCUCCUCUCUGGGCAGUGAGGCUGCAGCUGUACCCCUGGAGCGCCAUCCCACCAUCCCCACGUGCCUAGGACAGCUUCUCCUACAAUGCACUGGGGAGGAACUACCCCGCCAGCUCAGCUUUGUGCGGCACGAAGCAUCGUGGGAAACUCUGCCAGCCCGCCAAUGUGGGGGAAGGCAGCCCCAGGGAUGGGGUGACUGAGACAGGACUUGGCAGGGGGGUUGUUCACGCUGGAUGUGCACUCAGUCAUUCCCCACGUCUCUGCCACAACAACUAGACUUGGUGGCCUUGGUCUGGGUGGGGGUACUAGAUAAGCUGGGCCAGAGGAGCAUUGGGAAAGGCUGGUGGCAGACUAAUUAGCACCAUAGAUUGGAAAACCAGGGGGGGACUGCCCAUAAAUACCAGACAGUUGGCCCACAGUAACCAUGCUGUUGUCCAGCUCACCCUUCCUGCAUAGCCUAGGCUAAAGAGCCUUACCCAGGGCCAUCCGUACCCAUGCAUAGAAUACGCAUAUGUGUAGGGCACCUGAAAAUUUGGGGCACCACUGGGUCUUUAUGUCCACUUACCUGCUCUUCCUAUCCUUGUUCUGUGGCUCUACUUCGUCUGGAGAGGACCUAGUUAACUUACAAGUGAAAAAGCCUGCCAGAGCUAUGAGCAGAACAUCUAACCUGUGAAAGAGCUCUUCAGGAGCAGGUGCCGGGAAGGAGGAGGACAAUCCCCAGCAGGAGCCAGAUAGGAUGUCACAGAUCCUGGAACGGGGUGAGGCCAACAAGGUGGUACAGCAGCAGAGAGACCUCCGAGGGGUGGAAAAUGGCUUUGGGCUUCUCAAUAGCAUGUCCAUCCCCCAGAGACUGACCAUCUGUGGGCAAUGUGGGAAGAGCUUUAGCCAGUAUUCAGACCUUAUUAAGCAUCAGCGGAUCCACACGGGGGAGAGACCCUAUAGCUGCUCCCAGUGCGGGAAAUCCUUCAGCCAGAGCUCCCACCUCACCAAGCACCAGCGGAUCCACACAGGCGAGCGGCCCUACAAAUGCCCCGACUGCGGGAAGGGCUUCAAUGACAGCUCCUACCUCCUGCAGCACCGCCGCACCCACACAGGCGAGCGGCCCUAUGAGUGCCCGGAUUGCGGGAAGAGCUUCGGAGACAAGUCGGGCCUGACCCGGCACCAGAAGGUGCACCAUGGCGAGAGACCCUACCAAUGCCCCGAUUGCAGCAAGAGCUUCAGUGACAGCUCCUACCUCAUCCAGCACCAGCGCAUCCACACAGGCGAGCGGCCCUACCCGUGCACCGAGUGCGGGAAGCGCUUCAGCCGGAACUCCCAUCUGGUCCAGCACCAGCGGGUCCACACUGGGGAACGCCCUUACCACUGCACCGAUUGCGGGAUGAGCUUCAGCCACAGCUCCACCCUGAUUGGGCACCAGAGGACCCACCGGGGCGAUAAGCCCUACAAAUGCCCCCAGUGCAGGAAGAGCUUCCGGCACAAGUCAACCCUGGGGAAGCACCAAAGGACCCACACAGGGGAGCGGCCCUACAGCUGCCCCAAAUGUGGGAAGAGCUUUAGCUGGGGCUCAUCUUUCAGCAAGCACCAGCGCAGCCACACCGGGGAGCGGCCCUACCAGUGCACCCAGUGUGGGAAAGGCUUUGGGGACAGCACUGCCCUGAUCCAGCACCAGCGUACUCACACCAGUGAGCGGCCCUACAAGUGCCCAGAGUGUGGGAAGAGCUUUGGGGAUAGCUCCACCCUGAAUCAGCACCAGCGCACCCAUUUGGCAGAGAAACCCUACAAAUGCCCGGAGUGUGGAAAGAGCUUCAUCCUCAGCUCUCACCUUGCCCAGCACCAGAGGAUCCAUGUGGCAUAGAGCCCCCACGCAAUCUGGACGGACAGUUUUGUUUACUAUUCAGGCCUCUUUAGGGACCUUAGAAACCAGGCCUCCUUAGAAACCAGGGAGCAGGCCUCCUUAGGGAACAGGCCUCCUUAGAGAGGCCAAGGACCUUGGAGUUCUGGAAUCAGGCAUCCUUAGAGACCAGGCCUCUUUAGGGACCAUGGACCUUGGAAACCUGGGACCAGGCCUCCCUAGGAACCACAUCAGCCCAGACACCUGAUGUAGCUUGUCGCCUGGAGCGAGGCAAAGCCCAUCUGGACUAGUAAUGUAGGCAUUGCAGUGUGGGAGCAGUGUGGGGGGUAGGGGAGCAGGAGGAAUGGAGAUGACUGAAAGGCCCACGGGUGGAAAUUAGAUAAAGGCGGGGGGUCCUGUCUGUCCUAGUUGAGUUGGAGCUAUUAGAAAUGAUCAGCGAGCACAAGGCAAGAUUCUCAGCCUGGGGUCACUGCCCCUCAAAGGAGGCCACGGUAGCUCCACCCCUUCCAUGUUGCCAAGAGGGAAGGUUCCCAGGUACAUGGCAGUGGGAUCUUGAUGGGGAAGAAGUGAGAAUCCCUAUAGUAGCGAGGGAGUAAUCUCUGAAGGACAUGGGGGCUUUUGUCGAUGCUGGGUUUUUGCGGGGGCUUGUCCCUUCAUUUGCCUGGAACUCCACUGCUUGGGCCUCACUUUCUGCUCCUUCCCCUCUCCCAGGAGCUGACGAGGGGGAGGUAUUGGGAGCCAUGGGGAGGGGUGGGUGAAAUUGCUGGAAACUGGAGGGGGGGCUGCUCUCCAAGGCAAGAUGGCUGGGAUGGGGGUGUGGGUGUGCCUCAUUGCCUUCUCCUGGGUGGCAGCUCCAGUGUCCGGGUGGUCUGACCAUGGUGCACAGACUUGCUAGCUCAGGAGCCCCCUAGCACCUGGGGAACAUCUGUUCCUGUGCUUGAUGCGGGUGGCGUCCUGAGGAUGGGGUGGCUGCUCUUGGUGCCCAGCAGACACUGGGCCCCACACUGCUGCUGUUUUUGGUGGUGAUCCAGUCCUGCUAUGUCAAUCAGUUAUAUCUGUAGAAAAUAAAAUUCUU